GCUGCCAUUAUGGUCACGUGAUAACAACACUGUCGUCAAUGUAAAAACCGUCACCUCGCAUUUAUUACUCGGGAGAUAAAAACUAUUCUCCACAUUGAUAGCUAGUUUACUGUAUUACACGAUGUAUUAGAUAUACCAGAAAUUUGUAGAUGUUCUUACUUACGUUUUUUUAUUAUAAAAAGCCAGGCGUUUUAAUCAACAAGAGAGUUUAGCUAACGUUAAACCUUCUGUAAUUUACCAUGGAUCAAUAUAGUAUUUUGGGUAGAAUAGGAGAAGGAGCCCAUGGCAUUGUUUUCAAAGCAAAACAUAUCGAGACUGGAGAGACUGUGGCUCUGAAGAAAGUAGCUCUGAGAAAGUUGGAGGAUGGGAUCCCCAACCAAGCCCUCAGAGAGAUCAAGGCUUUACAGGAGAUUGAAGACAACCAAUAUGUGGUGAAGCUCAAGAACGUGUUUCCCCAUGGUACAGGGUUCGUCCUGGUGUUUGAGUACAUGCUCUCUGACCUCUCUGAGGUCAUCAGGAACUCUCAGAGGCCUCUCACCGAGGCACACGUCAAAGGUUACAUGAUGAUGCUGCUGAAAGGGGUUGCCUUCUGCCACGAGAACUCCAUCAUGCACAGAGAUCUGAAACCAGCCAACCUGCUCAUCAGCUCUACAGGUCAUCUGAAGAUAGCAGACUUUGGCCUGGCCAGACUUUUCAACAACGACGGAGAGCAUCUCUACAGCCAUCAGGUGGCCACCAGGUGGUAUCGAGCACCAGAACUGCUCUAUGGGGCAAGAAAAUACGACGAAGGUGUAGAUCUCUGGGCAGUGGGAUGUAUCUUUGGGGAACUUCUGAAUAACUCCCCUCUGUUCCCUGGAGAGAAUGACAUAGAACAGUUGUGCUGUGUCCUCCGAGUCCUGGGGACACCUAACCAGCGCAUGUGGCCGGAGAUCACAGAGCUACCUGACUACAAUAAGAUCACUUUUAAGGAGAACCCUGCCAUCCCUCUUGAGGAGAUAGUACCUGAUACCUCACCUCAGGCUGUGGACCUGCUCAACAAGUUCCUGGUCUACCCCUCUAAACAGAGGAUCAGCGCCAGACAGGCCCUGCUCCAUCCCUAUUUGUUCUCUGAGCCGCUGCCGGCCCACCACUCGGAGCUGCCUAUCCCCCAGCACGGAGGAAAACAUUCCCGUCAGCGACUCCAGCCUCCUGUCGAAUUCUCUGUAGAUCUGCCCCUCUCAGAGAGCCUGGUGGACCCUGCUUUGGUCCAGGGACAUGCCUGGUGUCUAUGAUUGACUGGCCCCCAAUGCUUUUCAUAGCCUGGUUGAGAGUAGCACUUAGGCUGGUUUAAUCAGGUUUUUAUGUUUGACUGUCAGAGCCUGGUGGACCCUGCACGGGUACACGGUGUGUAUGACUGUUCUUCAUGUUCAUCCCAGACUGCUUAAACCAGGGGUGUAUUCACUAAGAAAACCAACCGGGACCAAACGGAACCGAACGGGACCGAACGGAACCAAACGGGACCAAAGGGGACCAAACGGAACCGAACGGGACCGAACGGAACCAAACGGGACCGAACGGGACCGAACGGAACCAAACGGGACCAAAGGGGACCAAACGGGACCGAACGGGACCGAACGGGACCGAACGGGACCGAACGGAACCAAACGGAACCGAACGGAACCAAACGGGACCGAACGGAACCAAACGGAACCAAACGGAAUUUGUCCAAUAGAAAACACUUGUUCUCGUUGCAAAUCGUUUUCCAAAACUGUUUUUACACACAACGGUGUGUGACUAAUGAAUACAUCCCAGAAUGUAGCCUGGUGGAUCCUGCUCUGGUCUAAGGACACGCCUAUGACCCAUUGUUCUUCCUCGUUUUGAGUCAUCCAUCCUAGCCCGAGUCCAGAUCUGUUUGUGCUGUCUUGCCAUCUCCAUUUGCUGUCAUUGUUAUGGAAGUUGGGAGUUGGCAAGACCGCACAAACAGAUCAGGAACUCAGGCUAUGUUAACUGCACCAUAGAAUAUUGAUAUUGGUAUGUAGAUAAUGCAUGGCUGUGAUGUAGAAAGCCAUGUCAUUUUCUUAAUUUGUGCGUUUGUUAUUCUGCAGGUUUCAGUUGUGUGUGUGUGUAUGUGUGACAGUAUGGACAGCCUAGCUGACUCAUGGUGCUCAUUGUCGUAGCGUUGACUGUCAUUAAAUAUGAAGACUAUACAUUAUCAAA